AGAGUUUCAAGUUUCAUAGGGCAAACGAAAAUAUUGAAGAUGAAAUCUUUUGUAUUACAACAAUUUAUUGGGAAUUUCUGUCUGAUUGAAAUAUUGAUUUUCAAACUCUGCGUGUCUUAAAAAGUGGAGCGCGAGCAUUUUGCAAUUUUUGAAGAAGGUCUCUUUGUGUUUCGCUGAUUAAAAGCGGGCGAGAUGGAUUUGUGUGGCGUUUGCGCACAGCCCGAGCGAAAAGGCGCCUCGCGAUCUUGGUCGGUCGGGGCAACGCGUGCACUGUUUUCAUCCCUGGUCAUUCACUUCCCUCGCAUAGGCACCGACGGCAUGGACGCACCGGCCGACGGCGCCCCUCACGACUGCCUCGACGCCCUGCAGUCCUUCGUCAGGGUGCAGCAGCGCCAGAUCGACUGGCUUGAGGAAAACCUCCUGCAGCUGCUCGCCCAGGACAAACCGCUAAAGGUGAACGGUCAGGACAUCACGGAGCACUCGGAGGCGCUGCGAGCGUUCGAAACGUCGCCAGAGCCCAUUCUGGUGGAGGUGCGGCGCUCAGGCAGCAGCUGUCUGAACUCACUCAUGUCCACUGCCGUGCAGACGGACGACCUCGACAGGGUCAUCUACGAAAUUCCAGAGUGUGAACUCGACGACGACGAUGACGAAAUCGAGUUCCUCCUCAACGACUCUCUCGACUACGAGGUGGUGACCUUGAACAAGUGCAAAGGUGAGCCGCUCGGUUUGAAUCUGACGUUCAGCAACCUCGGGGAGGCGGAGGACGAGGCGGCGAGCAAGUGCGAGUGUCUCGUGUUCAUCGAAUCGGUGGCCAAGGACGGGGUGGCGGACAAAGACGGUCGCGUCCGCGCCGGUGACCAAGUCCUCCAGGUCAACGGGGUCAGCGUGACCAGUCAGCAGCAGGCCAGCGGCCUCUUUGCCGAGACGGAGAGUCUCAACGAGGUCACCCUCCUCGUCUCCAGAUUCGCAGCAAAGGACUUGGACGACUACGAUUUAGUCUCAACCUCUUUCAUCAUCAAGAGCGGAGAGGAGGACGGAGCGGAGGAGGAAGAAGAAAAGAGCGACGAAAGCUGUGAUCCAAAUAUAAUCAAUAAAAGCACUGAGAGCAAAUCGGAAAAGUCGGAAGAAGCAAAGAAGCUGGCGGAGCAGAGACUAAAAAUCAUUGACCAGCAAUUGUCGGCGCUGAGCAAAAAAAUGGCCGUGAUCACCCUGGACUCGACCCUGCCGUGGGCGGCGGGGGCGGCGCCAGAGGCCCCUUCUGCGAUGCGGCCGUUUGGUGACUCGGAGAAUGAGCACAUCUACGAGACCAUCUCGGAAGCAUCGGACGCCGAACCCAUUUACUCGUUGCCCUACGAGCCGGGCAAAAGCAAAAGCGUCAGCAGAGAGGUGUGGGUGGACGUGGAGCCGCCCAGGAAGAGUCCCUCGUCCGACAAGGAGAAGGACAGCUCCAGCGCCUACAACACCGGCGAGUCCUGCCGCAGCAUCCCUCUCACCCUUGAUCUCAACCAGCCAAAAGCAAAUGUGAGCAAAUCGCCCAGCCAGCAGCACCAAAACGACAGCGGCUUUUCGUGCGACCGGUGCAGACAGUGCAUGGGCCUUUCGUCGCUGGAGAGCCCUUCGAAAGAAAAGUCGAGGCAACUCAGUCAGAAAGAAGUGCCCAACACCAUGUACACCAACGCCGCCAACCUGCAAAGGACCAUCCAACUCCAACAGGAAAUGUUUCGACAAGCGAUUACGAGCAAAAAGCAGACCAGUCCAAAGUGCCCAACCACCCCUCCCAGAAGCCAGCAGCAGCCGCUGCCACCUCGACCCACCAACCCCGUUUACUGCCCUCCAAACUUGAGCAAUUACCAGUUCGUCAGCGGCUAUGGAGUGGUCAGGUGCAACAGCACCGGCAGGUCAGAGCAGAGGCCGCAAGUCAAGCAGCAGGAGAAAACCAAGGUGAUCGAAGAGGAGCCGGUCAUGAUUUGGAAGGUCAAGAGAAAAGCUGACGGAACUAGGUACAUAACUCGCAGGCCAGUCAGAAAUAAAAUUCUGCAGGAAAGAGCACACAAGAUCUCAGAGGAAAGGGCAGGACUGACAACCGAUGACGACACCAUGUCUGAAUUAAAGAUUGGGCGCUACUGGAACAAAGAGGAGCGGAAGAAGCACCUCGAGCGGGCCAAGGAGCGGCGGAAGCGCCAGGAAGCUGUGAUCCGGGAAAAGGAGGAGGCCAAACAGGGCAAGAGCAAAACGUGUUCGGCGCCCAAGAGACGUGAACAGCAAACCCGAUGUCCACCCACGGCAGUGAUCGGCUGCAACAAGAUGGGCGGAAUCCUCUCUGUGACCACUGUGUAGACGAAAGAAUGUAUUCGUGGCAAGACUCGAUAAUUAUAAAUGUGACGAAGAGGGACUGACGUAGGAAAAAAAACAAGAUGUUUCCUUUGCACUUUCAAAUAGGAUAAAAUACACACCAGUGUUUAUUUUUAAAUGGAGAAAAAAUAUGAAUUAAUGUGCAAAUUUAGUGAACGAACCAGUGAGCUUUGUUGAUCAGAAAUAAAAACCUAUGGAAGUAUAGUAAUCUGCAACAA